UAUUCGCCAAAGGGGGAGCACUGCAUACGGAAGACGGUGAGAAUGCUACAUCAGACGAACAAUCGGAGAAGACAUCACCUUUUUCAGAGGAAAAUCUAUCAUCAAAUAGCUUAUAUUCUCAGAUUGAAGAUUUACAUCGAUUAAUACAAGUGGCUGAAUUGGGCAGCAAGAAAUUGGUGGACGUGGUUAACUUGUCAAAACUUUUGCACAAAAAGAAGGGUAAUGAGGAUGCUGAACAUGAAGAGCUGUAA